CCGGGUGGCGGGGGGAAUGGGCGCCCGGCUCUUCCUUCUCCGCUUCCUUUCUCCCCUGCAGUAGGGAAGGCGCACUCUCCGGGGUGGAUGGGGAAAAGCCGGAGUGGGAGGAUUUGCCAUGGCUUUCUUUGCUGGGCUCUGGGGCCCCUUCACCCGUGCAGGCAGAGCCCUCGGCCAACGCAGUUUCAGCACCACCGGGAGCCUCAGUGCCAUUCAGAAGAUGACGCGCGUCCGUGUGGUGGACAACAGUGCCCUGGGGAACACCCCAUACCACCGCCCGCCUCGUUGCAUCCAUGUCUAUAACAAGAAUGGGGUGGGCAAGGUGGGCGACCGGAUACUGCUGGCUAUCAAGGGGCAGAAGAAAAAGGCACUCAUUGUGGGGCAUCGCAUGCCUGGUCCCCGGAUGAGCCCCAGGUUUGACUCUAACAAUGUGGUCCUCAUUGAGGACAAUGGGAACCCUGUGGGGACCCGAAUUAAGACACCCAUCCCCACCAGCCUACGCAAGAAGGAAGGUGAAUUUUCCAAAGUGCUGGCCAUUGCUCAGAACUUUGUGUGAGCUGCAGGCAGGCCACUGGUGGCCAUGGAACUCCUGGGAGGGAACUCGGGGCCCUAUGCUAGGGAAAAGCGUCCUGUGAAACAAUAAACUUUUUUCAUGUA